UAGAACCCCUAUUUUGCAUAGGUGGUUAAUACCUAAGUCAAUAUGAUCAAUAUGAUUAGGUAAUGCUGUUUACCAUGGUUAUAGGCUUGCUAGGCCUAGGCCCUAUAGUGUUUUAGUUAUGUUGACAGAGGCCGAGCGUGCAGACCUUUGGCUGUGUUAGACCAGACAGGGAUCUGGCUGUAUUUUCUGAUAAAAAAGACCUGGGACCACGUAAGUAACGUCGGAAUUUCCCAUUUUCGGUCGGUUAUUUCGCAUUUCGUAGAUAGGUGUCUUGUAACAGUUUGAUUAAGACUUGGUUUGUUCUCUUAUACAGCUUGUUCACCACCACAAAACCAACGUCCGCGUGGAAUACUCUGAAACUCACGGACACGAUAUAUGUACUGGAAUCGAGGCAUUAUAGGAACUUAUUCGUGGAAGAACCGUUAAAGCUCGUGCACUGUGUUUGUUAACCCUAACUGUUGUAUACUUGUUUCAAUAUAUGUUUAAAAUGAAGACAAAGUUUUCCCUUGAUCAAUGAACGCCGCAUCUUGCGCCCAAGUUUGCCACAGCCUGCGAGACAAAAGAUCACCCGAGAGCCAUUCAAAGCAGCAUAUUUGUUUGGGAGCGAGCGAGUAAGCAAGAGAUAUCUGAUUAAACCUGUCGAAGAUGGCGCCAGCUUCCUGGAAGUCAAAAACAUGAUAGAGCGCGCAGGGGAGGACAACCCAGAUGCCUCGUGUAUCUUUUACAAGGAUCUAGCCUACUACCUUCACAACAGACUGGAUACCCCUGAGUUUAUCCCUAAAGGCUAUGUACAUGCGUUCCUCAUCCGAAAUCCAAGAGACGCCAUCAUGUCAAUGCACGAUGGUAACAUGCGUAGCAGCGAAGAAAACAAAGACUUAUCAUAUGAUGAGGCCUCUUUCUAUCGAGAUGAAGUCGGACUGGAACACCUGUGGCAACUUUACACGCUGAUGACCGAACAACUGGGAGAAAAGAAUAUCCUCAUUAUGGAUGCUGAUGAUCUCUUGAACCACCCAGAGUCUGUCCUUCGAGAAUUCUGCCGUCGUACGGGCAUACCGUUCAGCAAGAGGAUGGUGGAAUGGGGUGAAACCCCUGAACACAUUAGGACCUACUCUGAGUCGGAUUACAUGCGUUCAUGGAUAGAACCUGCACUGAAAUCAACGGGCUUUAAAAGGUUCAAACAGCAGGAGAGAAACUUGGAUGACUAUCCCGACGAAGUCAAGAACGAGAUUGACCGUAGCCUUCCAUUUUACAAAAAACUCUAUGCGCUAAGAUAUGUACCUUGUCAAUGAAAUGUAUCCUAACUCGAAUGGCCGCCAAUCGGAGUGUACUGGCGAUAUCCAAGUAUACACUGCCGAUUUAGCGGCGGAAUGCGUCAAUCCUGUGGGAUACCGACGCAAAACGCCGAUAAAUCGUAGCUUCAUACAUGUACCUCGUCAAUGAAAUACACAAUGUACAUGUAUAGUUGACUCGAAUGGGGCUCCCUAAUCAGAGUUCCAAGUUCCAUGAAGUUCCAAGUUCCAAGUUCCAAGUUCCAAGGGGCCAUCUCAGAAAUGCAUUCAAUGCCAAAAUUCAUGAUUUCUCGAUAAAUUUAAUGUAGGUGGCGGUAUCAUUUGAAGGGGUCUCUGACCGGGAGUUGAUGAAUGGGGAUCAAUGAGUGGGGCAAAGAGUAAAUGAUGCUACAUAACAACUUCACUAUAGGGUCGAAAUAUGAUAAAUAGGAAUGAAUAUUUGUUUACAAAUAAACUCACCGAUAUCUUUCCUCAGUUUCCUUCAAGUAUGCUGGGUAAAAUGUAUCCGCUCCCAGUUGCAAUCCUCAACUCAACAACAUUGACAAGAGAAUAAAUCUUGCCUUUAUUUAUGCCUUACAAAUACAUCUUAGAAUUAUAACUAUUAUAUAAGAUUUAAUUAAACCCUUUCCACCUGUCUUUGAUGAACAGGAAGUUUCAAUUUUGUCACUACAACUGCUUAUAAACAUGCUCUUUGAUGGUAAAGGAAUCUGCAAAUAAGCUGUCAAGAUUGAUUGAUGAGUAAGGAAGCCUGAAUUAAGUCCAGGCCUUGUUUCUGUACCCAAACUCAGCAGGUGUUCAGAUGCUUGCUAAGGCUGGCCCAAAUUAAUUGUCCGUUUGCAGUAACCCUACCAAAGGUAUUCAUACAGGGUAAGUGGGUUUUUCUUAAUUUUCAGUGAUUUUAGCAAAACCAUAGAAAAACUCCAAGAUGCUAAAGAAAAUUACUAAAAUGCCAAUAAAUUCUUUUGGGUAUGCAUGAUUUUGGUGGGUCGGUCGGCUUGACGGCAAACAAAAAACGAAAUUGGGCCAGCCUAAUAAUGGGCCUGGCAGACAUUGUCAGAGGAAGGAUUGGGGUAAUGGGAUUGGGGGCGCAUCCCUUCAAAAAGAACUUCUUUGUUCCCUCUCGGUGCAAACUCUGUGGAGAACACUGACCGUUCAGAAUAUGCAUCACAAACAGAACGUCCACAUUUUUGUAGCAAAACGUGUGGGAUACACGGACAGGGUUACCAUCAGAUAUAAAGUUGUCACCCCUCUGUUGAAUAGUAUGGAGAACCCCCAAAAUUAGCAUCACAACAAACAUCCCCCCCGUUGCAUGGUGUGGAGAACACUGACAAGGCUAAAAGCACAUUGAAAAGAAUUGCUGCCCCAUCGCACUUCCAUCACAAGGUAAAUGUAUUAAAGCGUCACCUAUCGGAGGAAAUCGCAUGGUUUCCCUCUAACAUUAACUCCCAGUGACAGACCCCUUUAAGCGAUAUGCAUCACAAGGUAAAUGUGGUCAAGCGCCACCUAUCGAAGGACGUCUACAGCAUUGUUUCCCUUUAAUUUCCAAACAUUAACGACUGACAUUUCCGAAGCACCACCUAAAUCAUGUUGAGAUGGCCCCCCUGGAACUUGGAACUUCAUGGAACUUGGAACUCUGAUUAGGGACUCCCGACUCGAAUAGCCGCCAACAUAGCCGCCAACAAGAAUAUGCUGGCGGUAUACAAGUAUACAAAUGCGUUUUACCGGCGAUGUGUGUUAAUCCCGAAGGAUAUUUAUGCACAACGCCGAUAGAAAGGCAUUACGGACCUGGACUUGUUCGAUUUGAUUUUCACAUGAAUACAGUCAUGUACAUUCUAAAUAAAGGUGAUUGGUGAGUUUAGAAAAGUGACGUUCA